AUGACGAUGGGAGCCAGGCUCCGAAGCAAGGCGGCGAGCAGCCUCCCGCGCCGCGGGCUCCGAGGGCGGACAGAGGGGGACGAGGAGGCGGCCGCCAUCCUGGAGCACCUGGAGUGCGGGGACGAGGCGGCGGAGAGCGGGGGGGCCCCGGGGGCCCGGGGCGCCAGGAGGGUGCACCUCGCCAUCCUGCCCGAGCGCUACGAACCGCUGGAGGAGCCCGCGCCGGACGAGAAGCCCAAGCGGAGGUACCGGCGGAAGCUGAAGAAGUAUGGCAAGAAUGUUGGGAAGGUCAUCACCAAAGGAUGCCGCUACGUGGUAAUCGGCCUGCAUGACUUUGCCUCAGCCUACUUCGCCCCAUUUGGAGUGACCACCAGCUUGGUAUCCUUCAUGCGCUAAUGGACGCUACUGGGGCAGACACCACAAGAAUGAGCAGAAACCUCUGCUCUGGGAACAGUAUCAACCCAAGAGCCUUUCAGAUUUCAAUUCACAGUGUACUUGGAUGAGAAGAAAAAAUGUCUUUCUUGGUUGAGUGCUAAGAAGGAGACAUCCUUGCCCACCUGCUGAACUUUUCACAUCUCUCAGACACGUGUGGAUCCGAUGGCCAAACCUGCAGAGAAUUAGAAUUUAGCUGUAGAAGUAGAGUUAGAUAGCUAAAAUCUAAACCUUUGUGUGAAGGUGGCAGGCACUGGGGUGGAGACAAACACUUGACAGAAGCUAGAGCAGUGUGGGUGUGUAGCAGAGUGGUGAUUUUGUGGGAGAAGAAAGGAUAUUGGCUUCAGAUGGUUUGUUUGUUCUUCUGGAAAUGUCGCGAGCUGCUGGACACUCACAGCCCUUGGCUGCCUCAGUUCUGAGGGCAGCUAAGGAGCUGUUUAUUUCUCCAGUCAUUCUUUCCCAUCUCCUUCCUCUGCCUCUCUGUCACCAAGAGUUUAAUUACAGGCUUGAGAAGAAGAAAGGAAGAAAAGAUGUCUUUGAAGGAUAUGAUGCUUUGAAAACCCUGUUGACAGUCCAUCAUGACUGUUUAAAGUAGAUAAAAGCUUGUCAUUUUCCCCCUUGUCUGCAUGAUUGUGCAACUGGCAAGGAUGGGUGGAGAAAGGGCAAGUUCAGAGGCAGGUUGGGUAUCUGGGACACCCAGAUUGGUAGAGGUUGGUAGAGGGACUGCUGUUGUGCCCAGUGUGGCCCAGUUUAGCCCAACCACAUGUUUGUGGCCAAAGUCCCCUGGAAACGCGUGCCUGGCUGCAGUUGCUUAACCCUCUUCCAUGCCAGGCUGACUAAGCAUGGAGCACAGGGGACAAGAGAAAAGGGAAAAUGUAACACCUGGAUUUAGAGAAGGAACCAGCAAGUAGGAGACAAGUGGGAAGGAAGUAGAAACAAGGCAAGAGGAAGUUGGAAGAGAGAAGAUGGAAAUACAGAAGUCAGACUGGAGCAUCAAUAUUAGGGAAUUCGGGGGCCUGGUGCUGCACCCAAAUAGGUAGGGCCAGGAAAGCCUGGAUGGUCAGAGGUGCCAUGGCUGGUUCUUGAACCCCUCUGAGCCAUGAGCUCAUGUUGACUGUUUUUGUAGCAUCUGUUCCUCUCCUAUAUCUUACUCAGAUGUAAAGGUUAAAGAGGUCAUAGGUCCUGGGCCUGACACUCACCAAGGAUGACCGUGGACUGCCACUGGACACUAGACAGGGAGAUGAAAGGAAGAGGAGGACCCUGCUCCUCUGCUAAUUCCCAUGAUAGGCCACUGUUCUGACUUUGUUUCCAGAAUAUCCAGAAGUCCAAAGACCGGUCUGCAGGAUCAACUGCGACACCUGCUUGUUGCCCAGGGGGUUUCCAGGGCAUGGGAGGAAGGCCUCGACACUCAUGCUUGUCUGAUCAAGCCUGACCAGGAGGCAUGAGGAGGUGGAGAAGGUGGGAAGACAGAUAGAAGAGAGAAUGGGUGGGAGAGAAGGGGGUAGCUGUGUAGCUAGACUCAGAUUCACUUUCUGAAGCUUCAACUUUGUGUUGAGGAUAAGCUGGGGACCCAAUUCCUGCAUCAUCAUUUGUAAGGAAAAGAGAAAACAAGUGAGCUUGUUUUAGCCCAAAGGAUGCAAGUUGAUAACAGCACAUUUUCACACAUGUGAGAUAAUUAUAGCUUGCCCCGCAACACCAGGAGUUGGGGGAAAGGAGAAACAGACCUAAGCAGAAGCAAAAACCAAACUUAGUGGGAGAGAGAGUUAGAGCUGUCAGGCCACUGGUCACAGGGAAUGAAGACUGGAGGUUUGGAAAACACCCUCCCCUGUGACCCAGGGAUGCAGAUGAGCCCCCACAGAGCCCACAAACUCCUUGUGGAGAAAUGGAGGUGUGGUCCAGGGAAGGGAAUUGAGCUGCUAAGGUCUUUUCUUGUUUGGAAGUCCAAAAAAGAGCUUUAGCACCUCUGCUCCCGCCCCCACCUACCAAAUUGGAAAAACUGUACAGUCAAGCACAUUUGGCCUUGAAAUUCUCAGAGGUUUGUUAAGAAUUAACUCAGAAAUAUCAAAAGUCAAAACCUCCCAGAGAUUGUCCUGGGAGUCAGGUUCACAGGUACAGAAGAUGAACUUCAAACUGUCAUUCAUCCUGAGCAGUCAUUUCUCCUGUGACAGGACUCCUGUGUUUUUCUCUUACUCAGUUCCUGGAGCAUAAAAACUUGGAAACAUGUCCCAGAUUACCUUUUCUUUCUCUUCAUUUUUUUCCCCUUAAUAUCAGGGCCCACGCCCUACUGAGAACUGAGUUUUAAAGCUUUCCCUUUAUGUGUGACCAAGAGGCUUCUUUUGUAUCCUUUUCUUGCCCUAUUAUGUAAAUAAAAACCCCAACAUAUGUAAUGUU